UUUGAGCCGCUAUUUUUAAGAGUGGUGGCAGUUAUCGCUCCCUCAUUGGCUCCAUUACUCCUGAAAGUUACGUUUACGGAAGGGUUUCUGAAAUAAUAGAUGAUUAUCGAAGGUCUUACCUUCUUCCUAACAUUUAUAAUUUCUGUCCGAUAAAUUCAGACAAAGGGUUAUUGGGAAGACAGUUUUUUGACUUAAGAUCUUCUCGUACAUUAUGUUAGUCGAUAUCGACUAACAUAUAUAUUUAUCAUUUGCUUUUCCAAAAAAUAAAAAAACAAGUAGUCUGGGCUCAAAAGUUGUGAACUUACUAACAAGUCAUCUCUUAUUCCUACUUCUGAUUUUUCAUUUUAUAAGACAAAGAGCAUCCUGGUGUUUUGUGAAUUUCAAAAUUUUUAUGUCCUAAAAAGUAGAUCAAUGCUACUGAUUGGCAUUUUGACAGUCUUAAUAAGUGCGUUCAUGGGGAAGAGCUGGAUCAAAUAGUCAGAACUAACUAUUCUCCUUACCGUAAUUCAUAAGACUGUCUCUAAUGUUUUCUAACUUGAAUUAUUCUUCCUGCCUAAUCAUGAAGUAGUAAUCGCCAUGACUACGUGGAAGUUUCUUGGUUGUGUUCUCAUCAUCGGUUAUUUCGUUCGAACUGCCCUCAGGAAAUGAUGACUAAGGACCACAGUUGUCGACCGCGUGCACAUAUAUCCUUACAAGUUCAGACGUUCCCAUUCAUGUAACCAAAUUUGGUAUUUAAUUUAAAUUAUUUCUUUAAAAUCACAUGUUAGGUGUAGCUUAGGUUGCUAUUCGUGUAACCGUAAACUCAUCUUUGUAAGCCCUAAUAGUCAAGAUUCUCUUCAUGUUUCAAAACUAAGUUUGUGUAGAAGGGUUGGUAAAAUUAUAGGGGGAGGUUAAGGUGACCGUAAGAGGGAGUGAUUAUCACAUUUUAAUAUUGAUUAGUGCUACAGGUUUCCCUAAAUCACGCUUAGCUUUCUAAAUAUUUUCUCUGAUGUAACUUAAAAAACUGCACCACCAUUGGCGGUUGUAUAGACUUUCAAAUAACUUUAAAGUGAAGAAGAUAGAAACUUACAGUAAGUGGCACAUAAAUUGUUUUUAUAAGUGUAUUUUGAUCCCAUAAUGUUUGAUCUGAUCAUUGUAAACCUAACUGCGACGACCGAAAAUUCAUAAAUUAGCAACGGUCUGUUAUUUCUAACAACUGUGGGAUAAGUUUUUUACUGGCCUCAGCCACAAAACAGUUAACAGCUUGAUUUUCCUUAGACUGAAUCUAUUGGUUGUUCCUUGUCUUCUAACCAACUUGUCUCAAAUGACUGAGGAUUAGGCUAUAUACCGUUCAAUUUAUUUUAGAAGACAAGUUUAACUAGAACUAAAUUAUUACUAAAUUGUAUAUCCUAUAAGUUUACCCCACUUUAUUUGUCGUGGUAAAUAAUUUUGACGUGAUGUUUUAUUUUUUGGUCAAACAGUUUAAUGGAGGGUAGAAAUAUUUGUACUAAUUUUAACUAUUUUUGUCAUUUUCUUAUAGAUUUGUAUGAGAAAUAGGAAGGGUCAUUGUGGAUUCUAAAAACCUGCCGUCGAAAUUUUGUUACUUGAGGUCCGAAUUGAGCAUGCAUCCUCCAGAAACCCCGUUGCAUGUUACACAAGAAGCUGUUAGGAUGUUGGAGGCUUACCUGAACAUAGGCUCUAUUAGAAGACAAAAAAAUACUAAAUCUGACACUGGAGGACCUAAUGUUUACCAUGACGACAUAACCGUACCGCCCCUUAAAGAUUACACAAAAAAUAAUGAACUGUUAGGGGCUGAUCAAGCAACAAUUUGCGCAAGUGCUAUCUAUGUUAACCAAAUACUGAAUAUGUCUCUUGAUGACAGAGAACGUUUAAAAAAGUUCGAAAAGGACUCUUCACAUUUCGGUAAUACGACAAAACAUCUUAAAGAUACUUGUUCACCAAACUGUGAAAAUAUUCCUAAUAAAAUUCCUCUUCAGUCGAUGAAUGGAUCAUUUGCACAGAAAACAAAAAUAAAUGAAUUUUCUCCUCGUUUCGACAGUGUUGAUAGUCUUAGUGCUAAAUCUCGACAAUCUGAUUCACUAUAUAAUUCAUGUAGCAUAGAACCAGUCAGUCCACCAGUGUUUGAAAUACCAACUCAAAUACCUAAUAUAGGAACUGGUAGUUCAUUGACCAAGAGGUUUGUAAUGAAAGACGAUUCUGUAUCUUCAUCGAUCAUGCGCUAUCAUAGUGUAUGCAGUGGAAGUGCACAAAAAACUCACACCAUACCUAAAAUAGAGGAAUGGUCAGCAAUUGAAGUUAACUCUCAUCAUAAUGAAUAUACUCGACGUUUCAGUAUUAAGUCAGCCCCUGAAGACGUACACCACUGUGUGCGCAUAAGACCUAAACGAAGUGCUACCAAAAAAUGGUUUAAAUUCCGGCUUCCCAAAAGCAGUUUUAACUUAAAAUCUCACGUUGGAAAUAAAUUAUCUACAGCUAAAGAGGAAAUAUACAAAUCAAACAGUGUAUCUAUGGAAACUAGUUCACGCGAAAAAGCAUCAACUCUAGAAAAAGAAUAUAAUCGCUGUGAUGAAGUCAAUGGUAACCUCUUUGCUUCAAUACCUAACAGAAAACUGAGUACAAACAUGAUAAACAAACCAAAUGAAAGGUUUCAUCAUCCACUACUUAUCAAUGUAUGUGCUCAGUUAUUCCCACGAUUAUUUCGUCAGAAUGAAUCUUCAUCUAAUUAUUUAUCAAGUGGUUUUUUCUCUAGAAUACAAAGGCUACCCACAAACACUAUUCGUCGAGUAAAGCGAAAAAAACGCACUGCUAGCAAGUUGGAUAAAAUUUCUACUCAAGCUUCUGUAGAAGAACAAAAAGAAGAGUUUCGCUUAUUACCAUUAUAUACCAAACGGCGUUCAUCUAAAUUCUCUCAUUAUGAAAAUGUUGGAUUAAUUGAAAGUAAAGGGAACUUAUUAGUUAAACAAGUAGAGUAUAACUUAUUGAACAGAUCAAAUCACUCAUGCGAUAAAGAAUUUUCAGAAAAUGACUCGUUUAAUACCCCAAUAAUGAAUUCCAAAACAUGGCCAAUCGGUUCACCUAGCUCAAAGGUAGCUGGUGAAAUUGCUUAUCUUUAUCGUGGAUUGAUCGAAACUAUAGGAAGUGAUAAAUUGAUUGAAUCUACUUCACAAACAUGGAGUCAUUUCACUCACAAAAAACUUCAGUCUUCAGAUAAAACUAAUGUACCUUCUUUUAAUUUGAAUGCAGUUAGAAUUCAAUGCGAUAAAUCAAAUAAAUCCACAUAUAACUCUAGAAUCAAUGAUUUAUCUACAAUGCAACAUUGUACUAUUGAUCAUCCAAAAGUUACGGAUGAAAUAGUGUCAAGUAGGGAAGCGACUGAUGAAGCACUAAAAAGUAUUAAUAUCCGUUCUAAACCGAAUCAAGCAAAUAAAUCUUUAACAAAAAAUGGACUAUUUUUAAAUAAAUUAACACAAAAUCUCGAAAACUGUGCAGUGAAGAAUUCUUCAAACAAUUCUGAACUUCAAAAUGAAUUAAAAGUAGAAAACUUCAAUCAGUCAUCAACAAAUGAUAAUACACACUAUCCAUAUGCUAAAUACGUUGCAGCUAUGAUUGAUGCUUUGUCUGAACGUCUUAUGGGCAAAAUAUCAGAAGAUGAUUUAGAACUACGUUUUCAGGCUUUAGAAGCAGAAGCAUCUAAAGCGGUCAAACACAAAAAUGCUCAAUCUGUUAAACGUGAACGAUUCUACUCGGUUAGUAAUGAAGCUGAGAAUUUACGUUGUCAGAAUUCCUUGCAAAAUACAGCACGGGGUAAUUCAUCAUCAGAUGAAAAUAUGUUAAAUAACAUAACGGAAGGAAAAGAAUUAAAGAGUAGAAGAUGCCAUUCUGUAACUAAUUUUUUUGCUACGACAAAACCAUCAGACUUACAUAAUGUAUCAUCAUUGGAAUCAAGCCAACGUAAUUUGAAAUAUUCUUGUUUAGAACAGGUGAAACGAUUACAACUUCGAAACAAAUUAAUUAUAACAGAGGAUUUAUUAAAUCGUCUUGUAAAUCAUACAAAUUAUCCGAAUUUCGAGGCUGAUAUCCUAGAUUUAUUAGGUCGACAACCGAAUUGGCAUAGAAUCGCUAUUCUUUAUUAUCUUACUAGAUGUUCAGUUAGACAUAUAUUAAAUCUACAUAUGGAAAAGUUGGAAACAAUACAAGAGUCAACUACAAGUUCAUCAAUAUUACGUCAAUCGAUAAAUAUUAUUUCAGAUAGUGAGGAAAUUGAUGAAAGUUAUUUACAAUCAUCAGGAAGUCGUAUUUAUCGUGUAUCAAGUAAAUCACCUCAAAGUAAUUUAUAUCCAUCAAAUUCAACAUAUGAAACAAUAAUUCGUGAUACUGGUCAAUGUCGAGCAAAUAUAGGCCGAAUCAAAGAUUAUACAAUUACUUUUUUUACACGAUGGUAUGCAGAUUGGGUGUAUAAACGUGGUGGUUGGCAAUCUGUAAUCGAGGAAACUGAAGAUUCUGAACUAGAUUGAAUUGUCCAUUAAUCAUUUUACGUGAAUGGAAUAGAUGUUUUUUUAAUGAACACACAACUCGGUGCUUAAUUUUUGUCAAACUAUUCAUUUUAACAUUGACGAAUAUUCGUAUAGACAACUAGUCAGUAUGUGAUAAAUUAUAUGUAGAGUUUACAAACCUAAAUUUUAUACAUAAAAAGUAAUUUGUUUAUGAUAACUUCAUUUGUAUGUAAUAUAUAAUAUAUAUGAAAGACAGAAAUGACAAUUAAUUCAUAUUACUUAAUUAUUAUUAUUUUAUUUUCCUAAAAUUGUCAAUUUCUACAUGUUUAUGUAGCAAUCAUCUUUUUUUUUCAAAAAUGUAAUUUAACUGUAUAUGUUCCUAAAAACAAUAUGAUAAUUCAAUAUAUUGUUAGUAUGUAAGUAAUAUAUUCAUAUGUAUUGUUUUGUUUGAGAUUUUCUUUCAUAAAUUAAUUUAAUGUAUAUAUGAUAAUGCUC